UCGUCUCCCCCCAGCCCGACGCUGCCUCCCCGGGAAGGGUGAGUGGAGGGCAGCGGCCGGCCCCUCGCCCGCCCCCUCGCCCGGCGGCCGGCCAGCGCCUCUUUAUGAUCAGCUCCGUGUGCGUGUCCUCCUACCGCGGGCGUAAGUCGGGCAACAAGCCCCCGUCUAAAACAUGCCUGAAGGAGGAGAUGGCCCAGGGCGAGGAGUCGGAGAAGAUCAUCAUCAACGUGGGUGGCACCAGGCAUGAGACCUACCGCAGCACGUUGCGUACGCUGCCCGGCACCCGCCUCGCCUGGCUGGCCGACCCCGACGGGACGGGCGGCGGAGGCGCCGGGGGCCCGUCGGGCCACGAGCUCUUCUUCGACCGGCACCCGGGGGUCUUCGCCUACGUGCUCAACUACUACCGCACGGGCAAGCUGCACUGCCCGGCCGACGUCUGCGGCCCGCUGUUCGAGGAGGAGCUGGCCUUCUGGGGCAUCGACGAGACCGACGUGGAGCCCUGCUGUUGGAUGACUUACCGCCAGCACCGCGACGCCGAGGAGGCCCUCGACAGCUUCGAGAGCCCCGACGGCGGCGGAGGCCUGGGCAGCGGCCUGGGGGGCGGAGGAGGCCUGGGCGGCGGCGGCGGGGUCACAGGUGGGCCCGGACCGGGCGACGAGGCCGGACAGGACGAGCGGGAUCUGGCCCUGCAGCGCCUUGGGGCCCGGGACGGAGGGCCCGGAGGGGGACCCGGCGGAGGCGGACCUGGUGGCUGGCGGGGUUGGCAGCCUCGCAUGUGGGCGCUCUUCGAGGACCCCUACUCGUCCCGAGCGGCCCGGGUGGUGGCCUUCGCGUCCCUGUUCUUCAUCCUGGUCUCCAUCACCACCUUCUGCCUGGAGACCCACGAGGCCUUCAACUUCGACCGCAACGUGACGGAGAUCCACCGAGAGGGCAACACCACCAGCGUCCACUACCGGACGGAGGUGGAGACGGAGCCCGUCCUGACGUACAUCGAGGGCGUCUGCGUGCUCUGGUUCACCUUGGAGUUCCUGGUGCGGAUCGUCUGUUGCCCGGACACGCUGGUCUUUGUCAAGAACCUGCUGAACCUCAUUGACUUCGUGGCCAUCCUCCCCUUCUACCUGGAGGUGGGGCUGAGCGGGCUGUCCUCCAAGGCGGCCCGGGACGUGCUGGGCUUCCUGCGGGUGGUCCGCUUCGUCCGCAUCCUGCGCAUCUUCAAGCUGACGCGCCACUUCGUGGGGCUGCGCGUGCUGGGCCACACGCUCCGGGCCAGUACCAACGAGUUCCUGCUGCUCAUCAUCUUCCUGGCCCUGGGCGUCCUCAUCUUCGCCACCAUGAUCUACUACGCCGAGCGGAUCGGGGCCCGGCCCUCCGACCCCCGGGGCAACGACCACACCGACUUCAAGAACAUCCCCAUCGGCUUCUGGUGGGCCGUGGUCACCAUGACCACCCUGGGCUAUGGGGACAUGUACCCCAAGACCUGGUCGGGCAUGCUGGUGGGGGCACUGUGCGCGCUGGCCGGAGUGCUCACCAUCGCCAUGCCGGUACCUGUCAUUGUCAACAAUUUUGGCAUGUACUACUCGCUGGCCAUGGCCAAGCAGAAGCUGCCCAAGAAGAGGAAGAAGCACGUGCCCCGUCCACCUCCUCUCGAGUCGCCCACCUAUUGCAAGUCGGAGGGAAACUCCCUGCGCGACAGUGCCCUGAGUGACGUUGCCGGACCCCUGUCGGGGGAGGAGGGGGCGGAGAGGAAGCGGUCAGACUCGAAGCAGAAUGGGGAUGCCAAUGUGGCGCUGUCGGAGGAGGAAGAGGGAGCCAGCCUCACCCAGCCCCUGGCCUCGGCCCCUGGGGAGCGCAGGUCCCUGAGGCGCUCCAGCUCGCGCGACAAGAGUAAGAAGGCGGCCACCUGCUUCCUGCUUAGCGCCGGGGACUACACAUGUGCUGCCGAUGGCAGCGUCCACAAAGGGUCUCCAGCAGAAGGCGAGACAUGUCUGUGGUGGAUGGAAAGGGGCCGGGAGCAGAUUCCAGAGAUGGCACUGUCCCCCACAGGGAUUGCCGAAAGAGAAACGUGCGUCCCAGCGUCUCACGCCCGUAUUCUUUAAACGCAGAGGCCUGCCAAGACGUCCUCUCUUCCAAUUACCCUCAAGCAGAGGUUGUUACCUUCUCUUAAAGCUCUGCCAGCACAACAGCGCAAAGUGGCAAACGGACGGACAGACAGAUGGACUGCGGGAGGCUAUAGGGAGCUCUGAAAACCCGGCAAGGAUUUUACAAGCUGAAAGACUCUGAAAUCCUUGUGUUGGCAGAACCAGGCCGGACCUUCCCAGCCCCGGAAACUGGAACGGUCCUAGUGUUUCCCUGUUGUAAUGUACAUUGAAGAAGAUAUACAUGCAUUCGUAAAUAUAUAUCCAUACUUCCUGUAAGCUUGUUUGUAAUGCAUGUGUUGCUCAGUGGUCCGUCUACCGUGUCAGCCUCCGCCCUCCUUCCAAGUCCUAUUUCUGGUCCCCUGGAUCCACGUUGAUUAUUCUGACUGAGUCCAUCUCCUUGUGCUCUGGUUGCCCGGACAGCGCGGCGAUGCCCGAUGGGACUCUGGUCACUGACCCCUGGAGUAGCCUGGGAUGGGGCCGAGGGACCCGCCGGACUUGACGCCUUCUGGCUCAAUACGAAGUCCCCCGAUGGGGGUCCUCCCCUCCACCCCUCGCCCCAGCUGUCCAUGACCGGCCCUCCCCUAUGGGGCCUGUGUUAACUGUAGCCCAUGCCUUUCCUUGAAGGGCAAGAGGAAGCUGUUCUGUGGUCUUGUUUUCCUUCCCGUCUCCUUCAUCUACUAGUUGUCUUAGGACGGUCCCGACAGGCCUGACGAGAACAAUCCACCCCUCCGUCCGCCCCAGUGUCUGAGGAGGGGAGCCUCAGGAUGAGGUGAAAUAAGCUGCAAUAUUUCCUGGCCCACCCUCCUCCCUCCCUCCCCAUCGCCCCAGUCCCUGGCCAGAGGAUGUGUGCAAUAUAGAGGCAAAGUCUCCCCUUCUCCCUUGGCCUCUGCCCCCCGUUGUUGGUUGUCGUUCAGUUGUCUUUUUGAACGCUGUCUCCUCUCACGGUGUCCACGGCAAUACUCCAGUGGGAGCUGGUGUCUUGUACCCGUGCCUUCGCUGUCAUUGUGUGCUCACAUCCCAAUAAAAGGUCCAGAGCCGCCCGGCCUCCCGCUCCUCUGUGUGA